AUUUUGAAAAAUUCUGAAGCUAUUAGUCCUAUUAAAAAUUUAAUAUAAAAAAAGUUAAAUAAAGAAAUUUUAAGCAACGCGAAACUCACGGAACAAGUGAGCAUUGGCUAAAAAUAAAUCGACCACCUCCGCAAAAAGAAGAGCCCGCAUAUUCCCGACCACCCUAAAUACCACCUCACUACCUCCACACCACACCACACCACCUCCAACAAAUGUGAGGAAAUGCAUACACGCGAAAAUUAAGCUGUGCCGCGUUUAAUACUUUAAGUGGAAAUAUAUUCUAAUGUUCGAUUUGUAGCAGCACCUAACAAAUACCAAUAAUGUCGGACUUUUUGUCAAGUGAUACGCUGCCUGAUCUAUGGAGCGAAAUCUUAAAUCGUCAUUGGGUUUUUUUAGACACGGAGGAGUCCAUGCAAAAGCUGGAAGAAAGGAAAAAAUUAGAAGAUUGUCUGAAAAUUUUUCUUAGCAUUGUGCCACAUGAUCGAAAAUUUUUCCUGCCAGAGACGGCACAUGUACUUAAACAAACUGUACUCAGUAAGGAUUUCACAGCAUACAAUGCAAUAAUGGGUUUCGAGUCUGUUAGUCAAUAUGCAAAUAAUCUAUUUGCUAAGCCUUGGAGAAAAGAAUAUCGUACAUUAAAAAUGUAUUCAGGGUUUUAUAAACAUGAAAUCGAAUCAAAUUUAGUUGACGCUGUUAAAUUAUUUGAAGCAAUGGGUUAUCGACGAGAAUCUAAUGAAGUAUAUGUACUAGAAGGACCCAUUUGUCCUGAUCAAGUUACAAAUGUUUCUCGUGAUGCAAUGGCCGCGUAUAUCGAGUGCCAAAUAAUAAAGUCGGUUUUUACAAAAUUAUUGCCUUUGGGCUUGAAUUGUUCGUGGCAGGAUGUGUUUAAUUAUCGAGAAAAAUAUCCAGGAGAUUCGGCGAGUACUGUAAAGGGUAUAUCUGACAUGAUUGAAAAACGCCGUCUGCGUAGAGAAAAGCUGAUAAAUUUAGAAGACACUUAUGCUACAAAUCAACAUGUUCCAAGACCGCAAUUAGGACUACCAAAUUUUAAUCCACAAUGUCAGAACUGCGCACAUUAUCACAUGACACAACAAAUGCUCAAAAAUCAAUGCGAAAUUCAUAAUCAUAAUCCAAGAUGCGCUAUGUGCUCAAGUGCUACACAGUUAAAUUCAAUGUGCAAUAAUAUGAGUGGGAAUAAACCAAAAUUUAUAUCACCUUAUCCCGUUGGAAACUAUCAACAACAUCCUUCAUACAUGGUACCAGCGCAACCUCAUAUGUCACAUUCUCGCAGUUUGGAUCAUUACAGUGAACCACAUCCACCUUUACCACAUCGCCAUUCGUUUGAUCAUCAACAACAGGGUUGCACAGCAAAUCACUAUCAUCAAGUUAAUCCUCAUAUGCAACACCUGUACGAAUCACCUUAUGAUUGCUUGGAUGGUGUUAGCAUGGGCAGCAGCGCUUCAUAUGCGGCUGUUGUUGCAGGAAUGGCGAAUUGUAAUUUAAAUGGACAUCCUUACAAUGUGUCCGGAAAUCGUUAUCCCCUGCCACACAAUUUAUCAUCACAUUUAAGUUCGCAGUAUUCAAUGCCAAUAAAUUCAAAUGGUGUGCAAUGUGAACCUUAUGAUACAGCGGAUAAUACAUACGCUGUAGUUAAAAAACCGAAUGAUUAUGGUUAUCGUCAUGACCCGCCUCCUCCAUUACCACUACAUCAUCCAUCUGCUAAUAGCAUUCAAAGAGAGCUUCAAACAAAUAAACAACGUUCAUUUCCACAAGAUCAAUUGAUUUCUUUUGAUGAUAGAGCUCCUCUCACCUUACACGAUUUCCAUGCACAGCAAACUUAUCCACAACACAACGCUUUUCUAAGUCAACGAGAUCGGCCAUAUGAAAUUAAACGAAUGAACCAGCAACCAUCAUCGUCAGCUCAAAUCCAAUUAUCGGAUGAUUUAAAUAGCUCUAAUCUAUAUGCAUUACCAGUAGGUACAAGCGCCAAGUGUCGGAGUACAAAUAAUAUGACUGAGAAUUAUAUAAAAAAUUCAGACCGUUUACCGGAUCACAAGGACAAUAAACGUAUAAAGCAUAUGGAAUUGAAAGAUCAUCUUAAUACUUACUUUAAUGAUAGAAAUAAUAAAGAUACAGAAGUGAACUACGAUUGCAGUACACCUGAUGAUUUUGUGGAUAUUAGUCCAAGCGAUGUACCACAACAAUCAUCAACAUAUAUAUCUAAAAGUAAUGAAGGUGUCGGAUCUUUUGAAGCAUGGAAUUAUGUAUAUAAACAAUUAGAUCGAUCUGGAUAUUCUAAAGAUCUGGGUGAUCGUGGUGAUUUAUUAGUGCAGAGCUUAGACUUGGAUUCGUUAAAGUUAGAAAAUGAUAGUACAAGUGGUGGUGAAAAAGGUCGAUCGUCUCAAGCAGAAAUGAAAACAUCACGACAAAAUAGCAAUGAAAAAUCUAGAACGUUGGAGAAGGCUACAACCAAAUGUAAACGUGAAAAACCCAAUGCAAAACAAGAAAAAUCUAUAUUAAAACAGCAAAAUGCUAAUUUUGAGGUGGGUGGCAACGCUAGUACAAAGAAAACAAAAUCUGCUCUAAAACAAUCAAUGUCCACGAGCGUCAGUAACAACAACAACAUCGAUAGCAUACGUGAGAAAGCUAAUAAUGAUAGUGCCAAACGCACAAUAGACCAAAACAAUAAACAACAAAAAGGAAACAAAGCUCGUGGAAACAAAGAAGCAAUAAUAGCACCUCAGGAUAUACUCAAUAAUCCAAACGAAUGGAGUUGUUCUUUUUGUACUUUUAUUAAUCCCGGCACGAAUCGCAUCUGUGAUAUGUGUGCUAAAACAAAAGACUCUGGGCUCAAGGCAACCGUGCCGAACAGCAGACCAACUUGUGUGUAAGUGAAUGAAUAAUACAUGCAAUCUAGAUGAUAUUGCACCGAUCUUACAGUGAACAUAGACCGAAGAUAUGUUUAAUUU